GCACAUAUAUACUCGACUCAUCCGCUUCUCCUCUCUGUUUUCUAAAUCCCGGACCUUCUACCCCUCUCUCUUGUGCCGUUGGUCCAUCUAACUGUUACACUUCCUUCGGCGCGCGGGUCGAAGAGAAAUCAUGUCGACCAAGUUCUCCCCGCUGUAGAAUCACAACUCCUGCACUGUUUACCGUUUAUACCCCUAAGUAACGACAUCAUGGUGUACAUCCAGGAAAGCGCAAACUCCCUUACACGCCUGCCAAAGCGUACCGUCGAUGGGCGCUUGGUAGCACACCACAUUGAUCAUCCCGACGGCAAUAUCCUUUCCACUGCAGCGACACUAUGUCCGUGGUGUCUUGAGGUGGCUCAGCAGAUUUGUACCCAUCAGCUGUAUCAAGGCUUCGAUCUCCCCGGGUGUCAGCAGCCUUCCGCCUUCCAGCAGCCUUCCAAUUUCCAGCAGCCCGUCGGCUUCCAGCACCCUUCUGGUUCACGGCAGCUCGGGGGCUUCCAGGUCGAGAGCGCCACCCAGCUUGUGGGCGAUUUCGAACAGCCUUGCCUUCCUCAGCAGAACGGCGGGUUACAACAAUACGUGCCACUCUCGGUCGGCAAUGGGAAGCAACAGACUGCCAAUGACUACCCGGCAUCCGUUCCCAUGCAGAGCCACCCCCAGCACCUCUACGGCGCGUUCACUACUGAAGCCAACCUCGUCCCCGACGACUCGGACUUCACCGCUCUCUUGCCCCGGACUCUUGAGCAGUGGCACGACCCAAAUAUCCAAAAGGCAUUCUACGACUUCACCAGUUGGUACAUGAACAACCCGGGCUGCAUCGUCCUUCCCCCAGCGGCAAUGCACUAUAUCCGCCUCCUCGCACCGCGCGGAAAACGUCUCAUUGACAUGUGCACUGUCCUUAUCUCCAAGCGGGCUCCCCUCCCCACCGGGUACGCCUCCCUCGAAAUCGAGUGGCAGGCUCAACAGCAGAUCGCCAUCCUGCAAGCAAUGCUGAACGAGGCGGUCGCUCAUAACUGAAGCGCCACAAGCUGCGAGAUGUUUUCGACUUGGUCCAGUUCUUAUCUUACAGUUGCCAUGCACGC